AUGUUUGCGAGGAGGUCUAUCAGAGUUGAGUGUCCACUCUUUAUUGUGGUCUUUCUGGGCUCAAGAGUCAUAGCAACUUUCGAAGAGAGACAAUGCUUAGGUAUCUUUGCACCACUCAGAGACGCUGAGUUCUGUGCGCACAUGCAAAUUAUUGAGGACUCUCGUAUUCUUCAGUCAUGGGUCAGAGGAGUGAGCAUAGAGAUGAUACCAGAGAUGAUUGCACCCACAGAUGUUCCUCAGUAUGCACUUGAUUUAGUUGCCUUUGAUUUGAAAAGAGAGAACUCAGUGGGGUGCAUGGCUAGUGAUGUAUCCUAG